GUGGUGACGUCACGCGCAGGGCGAGACCCGGACGUCAAUCGGGCACAGGCGCGCGGUAGCCUCCUCCUCCACCACCACCACAGCCGCCGCCGUCUCCUCCUCCUCCUCCAUCGCCCUCCUUCUUCCUCGCUCGGCGCGCAGCUGCCGUCCUCGUCCGCCGCGUCCCCUUCCCCCCCCUCCCGCCGGCCCGCCACGGGGUUCGCGUUCACACCCCCCGCCCGCCGAGAGUUGUAACGUGGGCGCGUUGCGUGUGUGCGUGUGUGGUUUCGUGUCUCUCCUCGCUACACCUCCGUCGCCUCGCCGGGAGUUCCAAGAUGGGUAACGAGAGCAGCUACCCACUGGAAAUGUGCUCCCAUUUUGACGCAGACGAGAUCAAGCGUUUGGGCAAGCGCUUCCGCAAAUUGGACCUGGACGGCUCGGGCUCACUGAGCGUGGAAGAGUUCAUGUCGCUGCCUGAGCUCCAACAGAACCCGCUCGUCCAACGCGUCAUAGACAUCUUUGACACAGAUGGCAACGGGGAGGUGGAUUUUAAAGAGUUUAUUGAAGGCGUGUCACAAUUCAGCGUAAAAGGGGAUAAAGAGCAAAAACUACGCUUUGCAUUCAGAAUUUACGACAUGGACCGAGAUGGCUACAUCUCCAAUGGGGAGCUCUUCCAGGUGCUCAAGAUGAUGGUGGGAAACAACCUGAAGGACACACAGCUGCAGCAGAUUGUUGACAAGACUAUCAUCAAUGCCGACAAGGAUGGCGACGGGCGGAUAUCUUUUGAGGAGUUCUGCGAGGUUGUUGGCGGUAUGGACAUCCACAAGAAGAUGGUGGUGGAUGUUUGAAGUCUCCGCCCACCUCCUUCAUCUUCCCCUCUCGCUGGCCUGCCAGGGAGCUGCGCCCUGCUGCCCACCGCUAGUAUUGCGCGUCCCUCUCUCUCGCAGAAGUCCCCAUUCCGGGGCUUGGUGAGAUCUCAUUCAGCAGAUAGGGUUUUCCCCCCCUCUUGUAACGCAUAUCCACAAAACGAGCUUCACGUCGCGUCGGUGGCCACAAACGUACCCCCGCGGCCACGCGGACGAAUUGAUGCAUGCAAAUAUUAGCAAGCGUUGAGCGGCUGGUCAAUUAGUCCUUCAAUCCUGACAUUCAGAUUGGUGCACAGCAUCAGAUAUUAGUGUUCUCAUAAGGGAAGUCUUAAAAUCCCAUUGUCAGCGUAUGACAAGUGGAUUGUUAUUAGUUGCGCAUUCUUUUUUUAAGGGAGAGAGGAAACAAUGGCUGUGUUAGGCGAUGUUAACUUUCAAAAAUAAUUACCAAUCGUAUUGCUGUGAGAAGUGGGCCAUUGCAUUGGUUGCAAGUGUUAAGAGUAGGUGGCAUAUUCUGAACUUUGUCCGUGUUCGUAGGGUUGUGUGCAUUGAUUUGGGCGGUGAACCAUGCGCAUGGCAGAAGGUCACAUUUAAAAAUAAAACCGGUGGCUUUUAAAAAAUGAUGCGGUGUAUGCCGUAUACACAUCUGCAUCACUUGGCAUGUGUAAAGUAGGAAAUUACAUUUUUCCUUUGCCGUUUCAUGAAAUGCUGUUAACUGGGAAUGACUCAAGUCAGUUCCAUCUGAGAAGUGUUUACUUCCUGUUACAUGCAAGGUUUACUUCCAUGUCACAAAAAGUGUUUAACUUUUUUAAACAAGGCAGCAUCAAUUAUUUUUGACAGGGGCAUUAUAAUAAAAGCCUUUGUUACAGCUUCGCUCAUAUUUCCAUGCGCAAAAUAUUUUUAUUAUUAUUUGGUACGCAUAGCUUUGUGUCAGGGGGUCAAACGAUAAUUGGGAGUCAAAGGAAUCCACAUAGUAAUUUCCACAGUCUUAAGUAUUUGGUGGUGUUAAUUUCAUAAAUGUGAAUUGCUCCAAUGUGGAGCAUGCCAAUUUCAGAUACCUCUGUUGGCCACAUCUGGUGUGAGGGACUUUGGAAAUGUGAUGCAGAUUUCUUUACGCUCCUUGCAUGAGGCCUAAGAUGUGUCUCUUGACGGUCCACGGUGUCUGCUGCUGGUUUCGUUAGACAAAAACCAAACGAAGAAGAAAAAAAACAAACGUGCUAAAUCUUUUGUGGCAUCAGAACAACAUGUGCAGUGUUGUACCACUGUCGUGUUGUGUGUGCUCCGUUGUAAAGUGGAAGGCUUUCAUAAUUUUGUUCAAUUCACGUAGUACUGUCUCGUAGUGUGUAUAGAUCUGUGAUGAAUAAUGUUGCGCAAGUUCAUUGUAUGCUGUGCGCUCGAUUGUUUCUCUGGUUGGUGCUGUCGGGGAAGACUUGCAUGGUCUUAAAGUUACGGGAACACGGGGGUCAUUCCGUCAAAAAUAAACCUAGAUUCAGAAGAUGGGCCACAAAGGGAGGCUUGCUGCACCACUAUUCCUGCCAAGCAAGAUAUUUUCACGUUUUAACUGCUGUGGUCUAUACAGGUGAAGCAACCUUGAAGUGCUUGCUAUGGCCAUUUCAAAUUUUCAGUAACAUUUCAGUUUGAUAAAAGAUUAAAAACACCACAUUCACUCCGUACCAAAAUGAGUUAUGUAAUGGUUUUAUGUGACCGUUUUAAGGCUGCAAUUCUACAAUAUAUGUCCACACCUUUUCACCAGCAUGACAAGAUAGGCAUAUGAUUUAAAUUAUGAAAUGUUAAUGCCUAAUACAUACAUGUCUCCUUACCAUGCUGGUAAAUAUCACAAAACAAGGAGUAGAAAUCUAGUCUUCUGGAACUAAGUCUCAAGCCACUGCUCCUGAAUAAGUGGCCUCGUGUUCCCAUAUAUUAAUCAUUUGUAAAUUUGAGUUUGGAAUGCAGUUGUGGCUAUAGGCUGCAACACACAUAUGAAUGCUUCUUGUCUUAUACAUGCUUUCACUUUUGUUUAUUCAAAUUGUGUUUUCUCUUUCCCAAUUUCAUAUGGUUUAUGCUCUUACUAAAAUCAUGGUAUUAUAAUUAUGGGUAUAGUUGAAUACUUGAGUUGAACCGUAAUAAGAGAACAUUAAGAUAGGUUAUAAUGUACGGAUGAUCUCUGACAUGACUUGUCAAAAUAAGAUUCCUACGGUGACUUGUUUGGUUACUGCCGUGCGCAAACUUUGCUCGGGGUGUUCCGCUGCCACAAGCUAAGCUUGGUUUCCUGGAUGAGAACUGAUCUGCAAUUGACAAGUCAUGUCAUUUUUCAUUAAUGUCAGAAUCUGGAACUUUUUUUACACAAACAUUUUUUGGGGUAAUUUAGAACCGAGUAAGGAUUGGGUCACUGGGCAAAAAGGACACAUCUCAAGCAACCAGUUCUUGAGUUGAGCUAUUACGUGUUCGGCCCAACCUAAAUCUCAAAUUCAAUCGCCAUGAUUAAAGUGUCUGAUUAUAGUUGGGCCUCGUGUGAUAUGGCCCAAACUCGUGGACUCGACCUAUGACCUAAAUAUCACUUUUCUUUUUAAUACAGUAUCUACUCUCACAUAGGAUGGAAUUGUGCGCAUUCAAAAUGCGCUCCAGAAAGAAAGAUUGUUGUUUACAAGACUGAGUUGAGGAACGUGUACCUACGUUGCGUCUUAAGUUAAUCAAAAGAUGGCAAACGUUUACAACGAAGGCUCACUGUGUUCUUUGGAAAACUGACCUGGGCCUCUAUGCUGGAUUUUUUUUGUCUUAUCCUCCGUUUUGUGUUCUAACUGUACUCCCAUUCGCUGCGCACAUCCGUAACAAUGAGCUGCCCGGGGCAGUAUCUUUAACUCUUUUUUUAAUUUGAAUCAUGCAGCAGCGGUUACUUGCAUGGCUCGCAGUGCUUCAUUUGGGACGGCACACCAUCUGACUAACUUCUGUAUCCAUGUAUCUGUGUUAAGGAAUGUGGUUUUGCAUAAUGUUUUUACUAAAAUAAAAGUUAAAAACCAAAAAUGGAA